GUUUCCAGAGAAGAUGGAAAGUUUUGGUAGCGAUCAUGCAACAAUGAUGAUCUCCAACAACGGUCUUCCUCAUCAGCGGAUGGACGUUGAUCAGGCUCCUGAAGAUCACACCAUUGUUGAUGUUCUAAAUGUCGAACCUUCAUAUCCAAAAAGAAGGGAAGAUGAGGUAUCAAACAUGAUUGGAGCCACAAGACCGGGCAGUAACCAUGAAACAGUCAUCAUAAUUCAAAUGGAAAGGGAAGAAAACAAUCCUGACGAUGGUUAUAGCUGGAAAAAAUAUGGUCAGAAAGUCAUCAAGGGGAACCCAAAUGCGAGGAGUUACUACAAAUGCACAUUCUCUGGGUGCAAAGUAAAGAAGCAUGUGGAGAGAAGAAGUGACAAUAUGAAGUCAUUGGUGACUUCAUACUUCGGUAAUCAUGUGCACCAUGCACCAAUUCAACGCAGAAAGUCUUACCUUCUAAAGAAUCGGUCAAGUUCUUCAAUGUCUCAAGAUCCUAGCAAUCGGACCUCUCGGUUAGGCAGGCCACCUUCUUGCUCUUCGGCCUCUCAGGUUUUCUCUCCUUCGUUGGAGCCACACCUUGAUAUGACUCAGAUCUAUAUGACUGGACUCUCUCUGAGUUUACCAGGUAACCAGAAUGAUGAACCGAAGAUUGAUCGUGCGAUACCCGAUGGUACAUAGGUAUACAUGGGGAUAAGGGGUCGUCUAUUUCUUUACCUAUGCGUCAACCUUUAGAUGGUAAAACCUUAACAAACAAAAAAAGAUGUAAACCCUUUUUAUAUCCCUGGUGAUCUAUACUAUUAUGUACAAGAUAUACAAUCUUGUAGUCAUCCCUUUUUUUAAUGCAUAUUGUCUUUAAAUUGACCUAUUUA